CAAAUGUCUUUCAGAUGUCUUUUGACUUCGGGUGGCUCAACACAGUUCAGCCUCUGUUGCAAAAACCUGUGAGGCAAAAACCACCCGGCCAUAAAACUGCUUUUUUGGACGGCACUGAGAAGAAGUAUGUCUGCCGGACACAGAGAGACUCCUCCAUGUCAAGGUGGAACUGCAGCUUUUUUCUCAAACCCUUUGAUGAGUGAUUUUGAAUCAGACUGGUCCCCAAUACACGAUGCUGCCUUUAACGGACGUGUCCUCACUCUGCAGAGGCUCAUUGCUCAGGGCACGUGUGUGAAUCUGAACACUCUGGACCAGGUCUCUCCCCUCCAUGGAGCGUGUUCACAGGGCCACGUGGCUUGCGCCAAGCUUCUGGUGGAAAGUGGAGCAAAUGUCAACGGUUCAACGGUUGAUGGGCAAACUCCCCUGUCAGAGGCGUGUGCCUGCGGUCAUGUGACCUGCGUAUCGCUGCUCCUUCAACACGGGGCAACCCCCCUGGGGACGAGCCAAACCAGCUCCCCGAUCCACAGGGCUGCAGCCAAAGGUCAUUCGGAGUGCAUCCAGCCUCUCGUUCAGCACGGUGCGGAUGUCGAUCAGUUCAUCGCCCAGUCGGGGUUCCCUCUCCACGUCGCCUGCUCACAUCAGCAUCUGAGUUCUGUGAGGAAACUGCUUCAACUUGGUGCCACAGUGAACAGCAGGGUGUCCGGGGCCUCGCCGCUGCACAUCGCUGCCGGCCUGUCGGACCCCGAGAUGGUGUCGGUGCUGCUGGACCACGGGGCCGACCGCUGCCUCCGGAACUCAGAGGGCAAGCAGCCGGUGGACGUCGCUCCUCCAAACAGCCUGGCGGAGAGGCUGUUGAGCCAAGCAGGAGGAGCGUCUCCUCUCAUGCAGCUGUGCCGGCUCUACAUCAGGAACACUGUGGGCAAGCAGAGACUGGGUGGGAUUCACGACCUUCACCUCCCUACACAAGUGAAACAGUAUCUUCUCUACCAAUCGGACCCAGGGGGAGAUCUAGUGCCUUUCAGUGCCAGGUUCUGAUCAUCUGACUUUAGGCCAGUAGGGGGUGCUGUUGCACAAUGUUGCAGUGAGAGGGCCAUCAAGGCUCCUGCUCUCUUUGUGACUGUUCUCUACAAACAAAGCGACUCUCAGGAUCAAUCUGCACUUUUAUGUGAAAACUUGGAGCACGUUUUUAUGUAUUCAUAAACCAUAACAUACAUGCGUAUUAAUAAAGGGAGAAUGUGGGCUCAAUCCGUCUAUUAAAUGUUGCGCCGUUAAUGUUAAAUCAAGUUUAACAUACUGAAACAAUAUUCUCUAGAUUACAGAGGCCUCCACAUUCAGCUAAUAUUGUAGUUUUUGUUAGUUUAAACUGAAGAUUCCGUUUUUGAUGAUUUUCUGUUUUCCUUCAGACCCACAUGAAAUAUUGUUCAUAUCUUGUAGACUUUGUCCCUCUAGACACGUAUUUAUUGUACUUGCAGUAAUCUGCACACACCAAUAGUGAGAUUAGAUGACCAUGACAUAAUAUAUAUGUUUUGUACUGCAAUUACCAAGACUAAAUAAUGAAAAUGAGGCAGAUAUCGUAGUUGCCUUCCUCAGACUGGAUGGGAGCAACUUUAUUGUGUCAUAUGUAGCUGGAUGGCUGCUAAGUAUAAUAAUUAUAAUAGUCAGAGAAAUUAGUGUAGAUGGAAACUUCAGUCAGCAUCCAGCGAACACAUACCAGAGGAUUGAAAACCUCACAUUUUUGUUCUCUUUUAGUUUUAAUUAAACAGUAAAUCACUAAUGAUACUGAUAUAUUAUAUAUAGAAUUGUUAUUAUCCAGUUGU